AUGGCUGGACACCACCACGAACAUGAGCAUGAGCGCGAACACGAGCAAGAGCAUGAACACGAUUCCCUUCAACGGCCUGUUACUGGAUCAGAGAGGACUAGGAGUAUAUCCUUCUCGAAGUUGCUUACGCGGUCCUGGAAAAGGAACGCAAGUUCAUCGAACAGUAUGAGCGCGUCUAGUACGAACCUGUACUCUGAUCCAGAGAACUCCAGAGAGUCGGAUCACAACAACAGUGGCUCAGAAGGUCAAUCUUCCCGAUUUUCUAAACUGAAAAGUAUGUUUCAGUCCAGUAAUAGCAGCAAAAAUGCUAGUGCCCAUAACAGCAGUCAGAGCAGUCUUGAAGGUGAUUCUGCGUCAUCUUCAUCCAAGUUAAGGUACGUUAAACAAAUGACUUCUGUGGCCAAUGCUUCUCCGGCAUCUCCACCACUUUCUCCCACGAUCCCGGAAACAGAUGUCCUUCAGACACCGAAAAUGGUACAUAUAGAUCAGCAUGAACACGAGCGUGAGCACUCGAAUUGUGGGUCUCCAAUAAUGCUUUCAUCACCCUCUUUUAGUCCCACUGUUGCUAGGACGGGGACAGGUAGGAGAAGAUCACCUUCUACUCCGAUAAUGCCUAGCCAGAACUCGAACAGCAACAACGGUACAUCUGCUGUCAGGCCAAACAACUACCGACACCAUUCAAGUUCUCAGGGGUUUUCUUCCAACAAUCCGUUCAGAGAAAGAGCAGGCACAGUACGCAGUAGCAACCCAUAUUUUGCAUACCAAGGUUUGCCAACUCAUGCCUUAUCUUCUCAUGACCUAGAUGAAGGGUUUCAAUCGUAUCCAAAUGCCAAUGGUAUUCAUUUUUUGUCUACUCCCACCUCAAAGGCAAACUCUUUGACAAACACUAAAAACCUGAGUAAUUUAUCACUAAACGAGAUUAAAGAAAAUGAAGAAGUAGAACAAUUCAAUAACGAGGACUUCUUUUUUCACGAUAUUCCCAAAGAUUCAUCGUUUAAAGAUUCUCUAAAUGGCUCGCCUAGUAGAGGUACUUCCAAGAGCCCCACAAUUACUCAACCGUUCCCUUCAAUCAUUGUUGGAUUUGAUAAUGAGUACGAUGAAGACAACAACAAUGAUAACCAUAGUGAAAAGGAAGAACAACAAAUGAAAAUCAACGAUAAAGCGAGAAAUCUCUCACCUACUAAACAAAAUGGUAAAUCUACUCAUUCAAGGAUAAAAAUACCCCUAAGAAGAGCAGCGUCAGAACCGAAUGGGUUACAGCUUGCAUCUCCUACGUCACCGACAUCCUCUUCUUCAGCAAGGAAAACGUCAGGAUCCACUAAUAUAAACGAUAAAGCACCUGGCCAAUCGGUACCUCCUUCAAAUUCAUUUUUCCCUCAAGAGCCACCUCCAAAAAUCUCUGAUUUCCAAGAACCCAGGAGGUCACGACGUUUAAGAACUAAAUCUUUCAGCAAUAAAUUUCAAGAUAUCAUGGUGGGACCACAAUCUUUUGAGAAAAUAAGACUAUUGGGCCAGGGUGAUGUAGGUAAAGUUUUUUUGGUAAGAGAGAAAAAGACGAAUAGAGUGUAUGCUUUGAAAGUCUUAAGUAAAGACGAAAUGAUAAAAAGAAACAAAAUCAAACGUGUUCUGACAGAACAAGAGAUUCUUGCCACCAGUAAUCAUCCUUUCAUCGUCACACUGUACCAUUCGUUCCAAUCUGAAGAUUAUUUGUAUCUUUGUAUGGAAUACUGUAUGGGUGGGGAGUUCUUUAGGGCUUUACAAACAAGAAAAACCAAAUGCAUAUGUGAAGACGAUGCCAGAUUUUACGCUAGUGAAGUGACAGCGGCGCUAGAAUACUUACAUUUGCUGGGGUUUAUCUAUAGAGAUUUAAAACCCGAGAAUAUUUUGUUACAUCAAUCAGGCCAUAUCAUGCUUUCUGACUUCGACUUAUCUAUCCAAGCUAAAGAUUCCAAGGUCCCUGUUGUCAAGGGUUCUGCUCAAUCAACACUUGUUGAUACCAAAAUAUGCUCAGAUGGGUUUAGAACCAAUUCCUUUGUGGGCACUGAAGAAUAUAUUGCUCCUGAAGUCAUAAGAGGUAAUGGUCACACCGCUGCAGUCGAUUGGUGGACUCUAGGGAUAUUGGUUUAUGAAAUGUUAUUUGGUUUCACUCCGUUUAAAGGCGAUAACACAAAUGAGACUUUUACUAAUAUUUUGAAAAACGAGGUCAGUUUCCCCAAUAACAAUGAAAUUUCCAGAACUUGUAAAGAUUUGAUCAAAAAAUUAUUAACAAAAAAUGAAUCUAAAAGACUGGGUUGCAAAAUGGGCGCGGCCGACGUGAAGAAGCACCCAUUUUUCAAGAAAGUUCAAUGGUCUUUGCUGAGAAAUCAAGAACCACCUCUCAUACCGGUAUUAUCUGAGGAUGGUUAUGAUUUUGCUAAAUUGUCAUCUAACAAGAAAAGACAAACUAGUCAAGAAAGCCAUAAUCAUCUCGAUGAGCAAGAAAAAAAUAUGUUUGAAGAACGUGUUGAAUACGACGAUGAAGUCUCCGAGGACGAUCCAUUCCAUGAUUUCAAUUCAAUGAGUUUGAUGGAACAAGAUAACAAUUCAAUGAUUUAUGGGAAUACCAAUUCUUAUGGGAAAAUUGCAUACACUCCAAACUCCAACAGGUCGAGGAGUAACAGUCAUAGAACCUUUUUCAAAAGAUGA